AUAUAAACUUCUGAUCAACUCUCUUUCUUCUCAUCCUCAAUAGCGAACUCGCUUCUAUUUCAAACACAAUGGAAACAGAACUGCUCUAUGAUUUGUCUCCAUUCGUAAGGAUUUACAAGGAUGGCCGAGUGGAGAGAUUUGUAGGCACGGAAAUUAUCCCUCCGUCGCUGGACGAGAAAACCGGCAUCCAGUCCAAAGACGUUGCGAUUUCAUCGGACUCCACCGUCUCCGUGAGGCUUUACAUCCCAAAAGCUGCAACCGAUUCUCUCCAAAAGCUCCCUGUGCUUGUGUACUUUCACGGAGGAGGCUUCAUAAUUGCAACGGCACGGUCGCCAGCUUACCACAACUAUCUCAAUGCCCUAGUUGCGGAGGCUAACAUCAUCGCUGUCUCCGUCGAUUAUAGAAGGGCACCGGAGCAUCCUCUUCCGGUGGCUUACGACGAUUCGUGGACUACCCUCAAAUGGGUGGUCUCUCAUUCUACCGGAAACGGCCCCGAGGAGUGGUUGAAUUCUCAUGCCAAUCUCAAGAAGGUGUUUCUGGCUGGAGAUAGCGCCGGCGCUAACAUAGUUCACAACAUGGGCAUCCGAUCGGGAGAUGAAACACUACAAGGAAUUGAAUUUGCCGGCGCUAUUAUGGUACAUCCUUAUUUCUGGGGCAACGAACCAUUGCCUUUGGAGACCACCGAACCUGAGAGGAGGUCCGGGGCAGAGAACCUCUGGCGCGCGGCAAACCUGACGACCACCGGGUGUGAUGACCCUCUAAUAAACCCGACAAUGGACCCUAGGCUGUCGGGUUUGGCUUUCAAUAGGAUCCUAAUUUGUAUUGCUGAAAAGGAUAUCUUCAAACACAGGGGCUUGUACUACAAGGAGGCGUUGGGUGACACAGGCUGGAGAGGAUUUAUGGAAGUGAUGGAAGCACCAGGGGAGGAUCAUGUGUUUCAUCUGUACAAUCCCAACUGUGAGAAUGCUGUGAAGAUGAUGAAGAAAUUGGUCUCCUUCAUUAAUGAGGAUAAAUAGGAUCAAAUGUAUUAUUGUUAAUUAA